UUAGUCGUUCCUCUAUGCACUUUUCCGUAUUCGUUCCUCUAUGGUUUUCGGCAGCCAGAUGUACGAAAACGUUAGAAACAUUUGAUUUUAUCUACGUUAGAAAUAUCUGUAAUUUUUCGGGGUAAUUUGGUUGCUAAAAAGGGAUAAUAUACAUGAAUUAAAUCAAAAUUUUUAAAUAACAAUGUAAAUUUAAACUAAAUAACGAGUAAAGUAAACAGUUUAGGGAAUAAAACUUUGCAGUUUCGUCGUCUGUCGUCGUCUGUCGUCGUCUGCUGUUUGUAAUUGUGUUUUAUGGCGCGCGCGCUUAGAAACCAGGAACAGCAACGGGUUUAAAGUGCAAUGUGGAGUGAACUGAGACCAAAAUGUGUAUAAUAACAAUCAAAUAAGCACUGUGGAGUUUCAGUUGUGAUGGCAGUAAGGAUAAAAACCGCCGAUUACAAGGAACUAUGGCAUCAUUAACAAACUCGGGUUCUGCUGCCUUGGAGCGUACCCUUGAUGUCGAAGUUUUACAAGAAACUGAUAACCAUGAGGUGUGUUAUGAGUUGAGUCGCUGUGUUGCUUGGAUCAAAACAGGUGGUUUUAAAAAGGUAUGCUUGCAGUUUCCAGAUGAACUGUUAGCUGAUGCUUCAACAGUUGCUAGGACUUUGACAUUACGUUUGAGCCAGAAUGUCUACAUUCUUGGUGAUACAACUUAUGGAAGUUGUUGUGUUGAUGAGGUUGCUGCUGAACACGUUGGUGCAGAUGCCGUCAUUCAUUUUGGUCGUACUUGCCUUAGUCCAUCAAGAAGGUUACCUGUGCUUUAUAUAUUUACCAGGAUACCUAUUGAUAUCCAUAAAGUGAUAUCAGAACUUUGUACUACAGUUGAAGAUUCCUUGAGCAAACUUAUUUUUGUUUAUGACACAAGAUGUCAUUAUAUCGCAGGAGAAAUGUUUCAAGAACUUAGAGAAAAAUUCCCGCACAUCAUAUCAUCAGAUCUUUUAGAUGAAGGUUUCAGUAAGAUUGCUUGCAAUGAAUUGGAAAGUAUUUCUGAGAACAAUGAAAAUAAGAAAUGUGAUGUUGAAGAGAACUGUGAUAUAUCCAAAAACGAAGAUACUUUCUUUAUUUUUAAUGGACGAAAGGUUGUUUUACCUCAUAAUGAUAAUAUCAGAGACUAUAGUUUUAUUUUCUUAGGACCAGAAGGACCAACUCUUACCAGUAUGAUGUUAAGAUUCUCAGAAAAUACAUUUCACUGUGUGGUACCAGAAAGUGUUACUGUUAAGACUUUGUCUGGUGUUCGUUCUCUUAUGAGUCGUAGUGCUAAAUUAGAAAUGGCCAAAGAUGCUGAAAUAAUUGGAGUACUUGUUGGUACCCUUGGAGUUGCAAAUUACCGUGAUGUUAUUGACAGAUUAAAAAGGCUUAUAAAGAAAGCAGGGAAAAGAAGUUACACAUUUGUUGUUGGCAAACCAAAUGAACCCAAACUUUGUAAUGUACCAGAAGUAGAUUUAUUUGUUUAUGUAUCUUGCCCAGAAACCUCUAUUAUAGAACGUCAUAUUGACCCAGUACUCUACAAGAAACUGAUAACUCCAUGGGAAUUGGAAGUUGCCUUACUAGAUGGACAAGAUUGGAGUCUUCAAUUUGAAUCUGACUUCCGGCAGCUGUUGCCAGGUGGCACAAGACAUGUUGAGAUGAGUGAUGUCCCAGUAGAGGAACAAGUGAAUGUGUCUCUUCUAACUAAUAAAACACAAAGGUUGGGUGUAAGUGAAACAGUGGAAGGAGUAGUAGACAGCAUCACAGGUGCUGUUGUUCUACAGAAUGGAAUGGUUGUUGCAGAACUCCACGCAGGAGGAGGAGGAGAGUUACUGAAAAGCCGCACAUGGCAAGGCCUUGAUCCUUCGCUGCCUGCUCCCGCACCGCUUAGUCAUGUUGUUGAGGGAAGGCAUGGCAUUGCAUCUGUUUAUAAAGAUGAAAAAGAUGAUGGUAAUACAUAAUUGAUUAGUAAC